UCCUCCCAUAAUCUGACAUUUGCUUUCCUGGCUGGGAUUCUCUUCUCAAUCCCAUGGAUCACAUUCAAUCUCAUUACACCAUCUCUUCUUCUCACACUGCUUCCAAACCUGCUGUUGCAAUUCACUUCUCCUCUGGUUUUAGUCCAACUGCAUACUAUAAUGUCAAUUUCUUUUGACACUUCUUUUGCCAAUCUACUUGCACACUCCAAAGGUCAUAAAUUUCACCCUUUUGUCGUAUCAUGGUCUUCAUGUUAUUCCCAAAUGGCAGUUUAGAUUGGUGAAUCAUGAUGUAGAUUAACAGUAUGGCUGGGACUUCAAUCCUUCAGCGAACCAACUUCUUUUCACCUUCUGUAGAUCCAUCACAAAGCUCAGACUUCAGUUUGAGGUUGAAGGAGCAACACUGCUUAUCUCUCCUCAAGAGCUGCAAGAGCAUGGAAGAAUUCAAGCAAGCUCAUGCCCAUACUGUCAAGUGGGGUUUCUUUUGGAACUCCUUUUCUGCAAGCAAUCUGGUGGUUGCAUGUGCUCUCUCAUAUUGGGGUAGCAUGGACUAUGCUUGUUCGAUUUUUCGACGAAUCGAUGAUCCGGGUACUUUCGAAUUCAAUACCAUGAUUAGAGCUUAUGUCAAAGAUAUGAACUUUGGGGAAGCUUUAGGUUAUUAUUGUGAGAUGCUUGACAGAGGAGUUGAGCCUGAUAAUUUCACUUAUCCUGCACUUUUCAAGGCUUGUGCCUGGUUGAAGGCAAAAGAGGAAGGGAUGCAAAUUCAUGGGCAUGCAUUUAAGCUUGGGUUUGAAAAUGAUGUGUAUGUGCAAAACAGCUUGAUCAAUAUGUAUGGCAAAUGUGGGCACAUAGAGGAUGCUAGUGCAGUUUUUGAGCAAACAGAUGAAAAGACUGUUGCUUCUUGGAGUGCUAUUAUUGCAGCAAAUGCUUGUUUGGGGAUGUGGAAUGAGUGUUUGAUGGUAUUUGGGAAGAUGAGUAGUGAGGGAUGUUGGAGGCCUGAAGAAAGCACACUGGUCACUGUGAUCUCUGCUUGUACUCACUUGAGUGCUCUGGAUUCGGGGAAAUGCGCCCAUGGUGCCUUACUGAGGAACAUUAGUGAACUCAAUGUUACAGUUCAAACUUCCUUGAUCGACAUGUACGUCAAGUGCGGGUGUUUAGAGAAUGGAUUAUCACUCUUUCAUAGGAUGGCCAAAAGGAACCAGAUGUCCUAUACUGUAAUGAUUUCAGGGCUUGCCAUGCAUGGGCAUGGUGAAGAAGCUCUAAGGAUAUAUUCAAUGAUGUUUGAAGAAGGUCUUGAACCGGACGAUGUCGUCUAUGUGGGCGUAUUAAGUGCUUGCAGUCACGCUGGCCUUGUUGAUGAGGGCUUCGAGUGCUUCGAUAGAAUGAAAUCUGGGCAUGGAAUAGAACCAACUGUUCAACAUUAUGGUUGCAUGGUAGACCUUAUGGGAAAAGCUGGGAUGAUCAAUGAAGCUCUUGAGUUCAUCAACAGCAUGUCUAUCGAGCCCAAUGAUGUGGUCUGGAGAAGCCUUCUCAGUGCUUGUAGAGUUCAUUGUAACCUGGAAAUUGGAGAGAUUGCAGCUAAGCAUCUAUUCCAGUUGAACUCGCAAAAUCCCGGUGACUAUGUGAUACUGUCGAAUAUGUAUGCACGAGCUGAAAAGUGGCCAGAGGUAGCUAAAGUUCGGAUGGAAAUGGCUAGAAAAGGUUUAAACCAGGUGCCGGGAUUCAGCUUGGUCGAGGUCGGGAGAAGAAUCCACAAGUUUGUCUCGCAAGAUACGUCGCUUCCUCGAUGCAAAAGCAUCUACGAGAUGAUUCACCAGAUGGAGUGGCAGCUGAAAUUUGAAGGUUAUACCCCAGACACAUCUCAGGUAUUGCUGGAUGUAGAUGAAGAAGAGAAGAGACAGAGAUUGAAAGGCCAUAGUCAGAAGCUAGCCAUUGCAUUUGCGCUCAUCCGAACGACUCAGUGCAUUCCUAUAAGAAUAGCUAGAAAUCUAAGGAUGUGCAACGACUGUCAUACGUAUACCAAACUAAUAUCGAUCAUUUACGAACGAGAAAUUAUCGUAAGAGAUCGUAAUCGGUUCCACCAUUUUAAAGACGGAACUUGUUCUUGUAGAGAUUACUGGUGAACCGAUGAAUUGCCAUUAUCAUGAUUUUGAUUCUUCCAUCUGCCAUGCUAUUUCCAUUAAACUCUAUACAUGGAUAAUUGUUCUAAUUUUAUCUU